CCACUUGUCCAUCCAUCCAUCCACUUAUCCAUCCAUCCAUCCAUCCACCCAUUCGCAUACCCAUCCAUCCAUCCACCCAACACUCAUCCGUUCAUCCAUCCAUCCAUCCACUUAUCCAUCCAUCCAUCCACCCAUCCACUUACCCAUCCAUCCAUCUAUCCAUUCACUUGUCCAUCCACCCAUCCUUUUACCCAUCCAUCCAUCCACCCAUCACUCAUCCAUCCACUUAUCCACCCAUCCAUCCACUUAUCCAUCUAUCCAUCCAUCCAUUCAUCCACUUAUCCAUCCAUCCAUCUAUCCAUCCAUCCACUUAUCCAUCCAUCCAUCCUUCCAUCCAUCCACUUAUCCAUCCAUCCAUCCUUCCAUCCAUCCACUUAUCCACCCAUCCAUCCACUUAUCCAUCCAUCCUUCCAUCCAUCCACUUAUCCAUCUAUCCACCCAUCCAUCCACUUAUCCAUCCAUCCAUCCAUCCUUCCAUCCAUCCACUUAUCCACCCAUCCAUCCAAUUAUCCAUCCAUCCAUCCAUCUAUCCAUCCAUCCACUUAUCCAUCCAUCCAUCCAUCCAUCCAUCCAUCCAUCCAUCCAUCCAUCCAUCCACUUAUCCAUCCAUCUAUCCAUCCAUCCACUUAUCCAUCCAUCCAUCCAUCCAUCCACUUAUCCAUCUGUCCGUCUAUCCAUCCAUCCAUCCAUCCAUCCAUCCUUCCACUUAUCCAUCCAUCCAUCCAUCUGCAUAUCACUCUAUCCAUCCACCCAACACUCAUCCACCCACUUGUCCAUAGAUCCACCCAUCCGCUUAUCCAUCCACCCACUGAUCCACCUGUACAUACGACCAUCCCUCAUUCACCCUGCCGGGAUCAUUGA